AAAAAUGACAAAAGACAUUAAUCACAGCCUUCACUAUGGAGCUUAAAUUAGCCCUAACCUAAAAUUAAAUCUAUACCAAAGAUCAAUCACAAACGUCUUGUUUUACCAGUUAUCACUCAGAAUCCUGGAGUAGGCUAUUACUCUCCCAAUCUUUAAAGCAUUUACUCAAACCCAAAAAUUACUCGAUUAAGAAGCGUCACUAAAAUACCAACUCUCCAUGAU